GCUUGUGGAUUGUUUUCAAACUUAAUAUAUUUUUGGGAUGGUUUUAGUAGUAUAAAAUAAAAUAUACACCUCAAUUUAAUUGCGAAAUAUGCAUGUUAUGGAACAGCACAGGAUUAAAUCGGCUCCUCCUAACGCUUACUAUAUAUCCGAAUUCAUAUCAGAGGAUGAAGAAAAGUCUAUACUGUCAAACAUCUACGCGUCUCCGAAACCGAAAUGGACGCAGCUUAGUAACAGAAGACUUCAAAACUGGGGCGGGAUCCCGCACAGUAAAGGCAUGAUCGCGGAGACAAUUCCAACGUGGCUGGAUUCCUGCUUACAGACCAUUCAUAAUUUGAACGUCAUGGGAGGACACAGACCUAACCACGUUUUAGUAAAUGAAUAUUUAGCUGGGCAAGGAAUAAUGCCGCAUUUAGAUGGUUCUUUAUUCUAUCCAACUAUAACAACUAUUUCUGUAGGUUCUCACACUGUUUUGAAGUUCUUGGAACCCAGUGAAGCUGAAACGGUUCCUAAACCCGUGUUCUCAUUCCUAUUGGAACCUAGAAGCUUAUUGGUUCUCCAAGACAAGCUUUUCAGCCAUUAUUUACACUGUAUUGAGGAGGUGUAUGAGGAUAGUUUGGAUGAUUCAGUCGUAAAUUUAGGGCUUUGCUCCGAUAAAUAUGUGAAAGGAUCUGCUGUCAAAAGGGAGACAAGGAUAUCGCUGACAAUUAGACAUGUGCCUAAAACUAGUGCUUUUAAAAUUAAUAUUGGAAAUAAAAGAUAACAUUUUGA